AUGCCUUUCCUAUAUGACUCUUCAUCAUUUCCUUUGGUGCCAGAACCCGAGCCCAUAUUGCAAGAAGACAUGGACAAACUUACCAACAAAAUACGAGAGCUUGAGUUGGAGAACACUCAACUACGAGUCCAACUCGGCCUUACCAAGAAACACAACAAUGUCUUGGAAGAUAAGGGUAAGCAAGUAUGUGAGGAGUUUGAGGUCAUCAAGAAGAGACUAAGGGAGGUAGAAGGCCAAAGAGUUUGGGUUGGUCAUGCUCUACAAGGAUCCAAUUUUGAGCUAGACGCUCACAAUAACAAGUUGGAUCAAGCAUAUCGAACUAUCAAGGACCUUGAGAGAACUGUUGAGAGGUCAAAUGUAAUGAAUAAGGAGGUUCGAGAAGAUUAUGAGGCCCAAAUCCCAGAGCUAAGGACCACUCUCAAAGAGUGCAAGGAUCUGUUAUCCCAAGAGCAGUUGGAAAGGGAGAAAGUCUAUCGAAGCUUCUUACGUGAGCAAUUCAACCUUGGAAGAGCUUGCGAGCAAAUUAAGAACUUGAAGUUGGGGAUCUACGACCAAACCUACUUGGAAUUUCAAAAAGAUUGCAGAUAUUGGGAGGAGAGAUGUCGUGGGGCAGAAGCUUCAGUGACUCAAAGGGAUGACAUUAUCCAAAACCUCUAA